AUGUUUAUGAAAAGUAAAAGGUUAUUGGAUACCGCAAAUUGUGAAUUGUCCACUCCGGGAAAGUCCAAGAGAGAGUGGAUCGAAAUGAGUCACAGUUAUUUAUUCGCUCUAUGGGGGUUAAUUAUGCAUUUAAUCCUGUUAUGGGGCGUAUUGGAUGUCAACUUUCAUUCACCUAUCAUUAGAGGAUUGCCAAUUGUACCGGCGCCUAAUAGCCCUCCAGCUAAAAGACUGCUACUUUUCGUGGCAGACGGCCUGAGAUUUCAAACAUUCAUGGAGAAGCCACCACCUUACCUUAGAGAUAUAAUGAAAAAUAAGGGUGUUUGGGGAAUAUCUCAUACAAGAGUUCCUACUGAAUCAAGACCAGGACAUGUUGCAAUUGCUGCAGGAUUGUAUGAGGAUCCCAGUGCCAUCUUUAAAGGAUGGCAGGAGAAUCCAGUGGAUUUUGAUUCUGUCUUUAAUCAAAGUCAUGCAACCUGGGCUUGGGGUAGUCCAGAUAUAAUAACAAUAUUUACAAAAGGUAGCAAACAAAACGUUCAUGGACGGAGUUAUCCAUCCACAUGGCAGGAUUUUGAUGCAAACUUGAGUAAUCAAACAACACGGCUGGACUCCUGGGUGUUUGAUGCUUAUUUAGAAUGGCUGCAGUCCUCAGCAGCUGAGGCAGUGAGAAAUCAGAAUGGAAUCAUUUUGUUUUUUCAUCUGCUUGGGUGCGACACUUUGGGACAUGCCAAAAAACCACAUUCCAGAGAAUAUGUGGAAAAUAUGAACUACGUCGAUCAAAGGAUCAAAAAGGUUGUGAAUGUAACGGAAAACUUUUUUGGAGAGAACACUACUGCUUAUGUAUUUACAUCAGACCAUGGAAUGACUGAUUGGGGAUCUCAUGGAAGUGGUCUGCCGUCUGAAACAGAAACACCAUUAAUUGUUUGGGGAGCAGGAGUAAGAUCGUCUGGUUUUCGUCAAGAUGUUGAACAAGCUAGUAUAAGUCCUUUAAUAGCAUCUCUAAUAGGAAUUCCCAUUCCUAUAAAUAAUGAGGGUGCAUUACCGUGGCAGUAUUUUGAUAGGAAUUAUUACGAAUAUGUCGCACAUUCUUUACUCAGCAAUGUGAAACAACUUGCACAUCAAAUAGCUGGAAAUCGUGUAAUAAGUUGUCAAAAUAGUGAUCAAUAUGACUGGCGAGAGAUACAGUUAAAUGACAAAAUUCGUAAGGCUGGACAACACCUCAGUAAAAGAAAUGUGAUGGCUGGAAUUCAAGAGGGCAACACAGCAAUUAAUUUUAGCAAGGAAGCCUUGGCAUAUUUUAGACAAUAUCAACGAAUACGGUUUUUAAUAUAUUUAUCGAUAAUGUGGCUUGGCUGGAUAGUUAUAUUGUUUUUAAAAAUAACUGGAGCAAAGCAUGAAUAUUCACGAAUUUUUCUACUGAGAUUAAUAAACAUUGGAUUUGCAAGUUUAUUAAUAAUAAUGUUAAUUGGACAUAUGAUGUCCAAUUGUAGCAACUGGAGAUUACCAUUCUAUGCAUUCUUCGCUAUAAUAUCUGCAUGGUUUGCCGUUACUACUUGGAUCACAUCAACCUCUGUAUUUGUAGAAAGUAGUACAAUGAAGCUAGUCAUAGAUAUUGGAGGCACCCUGUUAUUAUUAGUGAUACUAUUUGUUGGAUUAACAUAUAGAUUUGCUCUCAGUAUAGGAAUAUUGUUACUCUUAUUGAUACGGCUAGCAAAGUCACAAGACAUAUCGACUUCUAUGACUUGGACAUCGCUAGCACUAGCUGUGUUUCCAUUACUGCCUGUCGUGGAGCCAGAUCCACGCGUUUAUAUUGUGAUAAUUGGAGUAUGUAUAGCAAUACCGGUAGUGAUUGUUUAUGAGAAGUCGCAAAGUCGGAAAAUAAUGGAAAUUUUACGUUUAAUCAUUACAAGUCUUGUAUACAUAGAAAUUAUUGAUGGACGAUACUGGAUAUCUUGGAUUAUUUUGCUUACUACACCAUUGUGCAUUUGGCUUUAUCCAAUAGAGACCCAGAAAAGAAUGCUGGGCGUAAUGCUCGGAUUUUUUUGUCCUCUUACAUUACUGUCAACAUCUUACGAGCCAAUUUUUUUCGUGACUCUUACAAUUAAUUUACUUAGUUGGCUGGAAGUUACUCCAACUACCUCAAAGAACUCAGGAGAGCAAAUGACUUCAGGAGACUUGAUCAGAGCUACAUUUUUUAUGUUGUAUGUAUUAUUGUGUUUCUUUGGCACAGGAAAUAUGGCGAGCAUCAGUUCAUUCGAUCCAUCUUGGACGCGUCACUAUGUUACCAUCUUCUCCCCAUUUCUAAUGACGUCUUUGAUACUCCUCAAACUUAGCAUUCCUUUAAUAUUAGUAGGAUGCGUGAGCUAUUCUUUAGAAUCGGAAAAUUGUAAAAAACCAAUUUCUUUAGCUGUUCUUCUUUUAGGCGAUUGUUUGUCUCUGCCUUUGAUGUAUUGGGUUACACCAUAUGGCAGCUGGCUAGAUAUUGGUAGCGCUAUUAGUAAAUUCAUCAUUGUCAUUUCUCUUCCUUGUCUCUUUAUACUAUUAAAAUGUCUUUCACGUCCACUUAUGAAACUAAGUUUUGCACGACUUCCAGUCGCUUUAACUCAAAAAAAGCACAUCGUGUAGAUUUUUUUUUUUAUGUAAUUAUGCAUCGACCUAAUGAUUAUUUCAUUUAAACUCUAAAUAUAUGUUUGUUAAUGCCGUUACAUUGAAGCAUUUAACUUAAGAAUGAAACGAACAAAUUUUUAUGUAUGUGUGUAGAUGUAUACUCGACUGAAGUCUAUAUUCUCUUAUGCAAUUUAUUUAUUUGUAUUACAUAAAAAUAGAUAAUUAUAUUUAUAUGCAGGAAAAUAUAUGCAAGUGUCCAUAGUGUCAUUAUUAAUCGUUUUUAUAAAUGUACACAAUUGAUACGACUUUUCUAUUGAUCACUCAUGUAACGUGUAAACAUGAAAUAUAAAAAUUAUUUUUAAAAAGUA